AUGCGAGGUUUCCCCGGCAACGUUGAGCCUGUUGUCAAGACCACUGCAGCCAUCAUUGUAUCGUUUUUCAUGAGUCGAGAUCACGCGCACCGUAUUUUGAAGUGGCUGGACGCUAUUGUCCCGGUGCCCGACAUUCAAUCGUCCGAGCGACCAUGCAAGCGUCUGAGACUGGAGAACAACGAGUAUGUCCAUGACGAGUACUCUGGACAGAUAUUGAAUGGAGAUCGAGCAACACGACUUCGAUCGCCCCCAGAAUCUGGUUCAGGUUCUGUGCCUUUGUUAUCUAAAUUGCCGAACAUGCCGCCAGCGCGCCGCACGAACCAGACCGACCGCAUGCGAGAUACCCUACCGGAGGAAGAUGACGAAGGACAAGAGCACGGACAAGUGUCGAGCGGUUCAGGCCUUCAAGUAGAGCUCACCCCUCGCCCUGCUCGUCGGAAAGCUUCUGCGAUGGACAAAGGCGCCCCGACCUCCUUGGUUACCCUCUACCUCAAGCCGAUCAUCAUCAAAGGCCUCGUCCAAGGCUUCGAAAAUCACCCGCAACUCAUCCCCCACCAAGCGGCUGCGCAAUGCAGAGCUCGAGAAGACCGGAUUUUCGAGAGCGGACCUCUGUAA